AAAGAAUGAUAUUAAAACCACAAAUUUAAAUGCAAUGUUGCAUUUAGUAAUCGUAACUUGAAUCUAAAAUAAUGCUACGAUUUUGUUUCCUUUUGAUUGCAUUGGCUGUGCCAAUUUUGGGAGCGUCUCUUGAAGGUAGAGUUGUAGGUGGUGAAGAUGCUGAUUUAGGGGAUGUCGCGUCGAUUGUUUCAUUGCGAACUUCUAGGGGAAGUCAUAGCUGUGGUGGAGUUCUAAUUUCAAAGGAUUAUGUUUUAACUGCUGCCCAUUGUGCUGUUAGUAUCCCUGCCUCAAUCCAAUUUGGAGUUGUAACUAUAGACCCAAAAGCAAAAGAUGGUUCGGUAAUUAACAUUUCAUCAAAAAUCAUUCAUGAGAAAUAUGUAACAGCAACUAGUGGAAAUGACAUUGCAUUGUUAAAACUAGCUGAACCUGCAGUCUUCGGUAAAUAUGCACAACCAGCAGUUUUACCUGAUCAAGAUGAACCUGCACCAGCAGGAAGUAAUGUACUUUUAGCUGGUUGGGGCUAUAAUGAAACUGGUGGAAUUUUACCUAAAAGAUUACAAAAAGUAAACAUCACUAUUGUGGACAUAAACGAAUGUAAAAAAAUCCAUUCUUACACAGUCCAUGACAGUAAUGUAUGCGCAGGAGUACCAGGAGGGUGGAAAGGACAAUGCAAUGGUGACUCUGGUGGUCCAUUAACUUUGAAUGGAAAAAUUGUGGGUUUGGUCUCAUGGUCAAUGAAACCAUGUACUACACCUCCAUUUCCAGGUGUGUUUACACGUGUUGCAAGUUUCAGAGAUUGGAUACGUAAAAAUGCUGGUGUAUAAAUUUGUAUUUCUAUAUUUUCUUAAAUGAAUAUAUUUGCUAACAA